UUUCAGAUGAACGCGACCGCACUGGGGACACUUCGAAGAUUGCGAGACUCUUCAAGAUUUUUGUUCCGUACAGACCGAAUAGCCAACAGUGUUACGAGCAGUGUUCAGUCCAUUUCAUCGUGUUACCGGACUGUUCACACUUAGAAAUGUGAAAGAGAUUGCAACAUAUUACCGCAAAUUACUGGACAGCGCUUGGAAGAGGAAUUUCUUACAAUUGAAUCACAAACUGAAUAUAAAAUGUUGCACAAAAGCUUCCCACCUGCAAUAGCUUGCUGGUUGUCAAGAAGGAACAGGCACGUCAUAAAUGCAUAUUGCUCGACGGUGAUCGACGACAGGUCACCGACCCAGCGGAAAGAAGCUGUUGGUUCUGCAGGGACAAAGGGGCCGAGUGAUAAAACGGGAUUACCAAGAGUGAGGAAGAAGAACAAAGGGUCGCAACUGACAUACAUUGAGCAUUCGAUAUUGCACAAUGAAGAGACGUUGGAUAUUAUUAAUUAUAUACAGGAAGUCAAUCCGGAUAUAAUUGAUAUUAUCCAGUCAAUGAAAUGGAGAUUUAAAACGGUGGAUACAAACAUACUGCACCUGAUCGACAAAGAGACCGCCGCAAAAUAUGUCUCUUUGAUAAGAAGUGACCUCUCGAAGAACAUGUGUUACGUUGCCGAAUUGAAUCCUGGCUUCGGCAUAUUAACGAGAGAACUGUUGAACGCUGGCGUACCGCUGAUCCAUCUGUACGAAAAGAACGUAAAGUUGCACGGGAUAUUGGAAACGCUCUGCGACAAAUAUCCUGGAAAAUUGAAUCUGAUCUCCUCGAAAACUUCUCUGAAUCUCUUUGGAUUGAUAAGAACGUUUUAUGAGGAUAAAGCCACUGACAGCAGGUAUCAGGAUAGCUUCAAGGCGAUAGAAAGCAAGAAUUGGGAAGACGAAACUUACAUGCAAGUAAUAGGCGCGUCAGAUAGCAAAAGCUUAUUUACGUUUAUUAUAUACAAUUUAAUCUUCCGCAAUGGUUUCACGUUCCACGGAAGGCCCGUCUUCUACAUCGCGAUACUUCCGUCCAUGUGGCACAGAUAUAACAUCGGUACUUUUAACAACCAAACACUAUACUCGUAUUCAAAGGUGAUGUUCAAAUUAAUGUUUAAUUACGAACUCCUGGGCACGCUGAAUAGAAAGGCUUUCAUACCGUGGCCAAAGAAGAAACGUCAGCCUGGAAAUAAUGCAACUAGUUUGUGGUUAAAACAGGAUUACGAACAAAUUUACGUGAUAAGGCUGGAGCCGAGAGCCGACCUCUAUUCAGAAUUGUCGCGAAAAGAUUGGAUAACGUUUUCCUACUUUGUAAAAUAUCACAUGCAAAAACGCUGUACCAGAGUGAUACCCGCGUUAGAAAAAUGGGUACCAGACUGCGGAAUCAGACUAAUAGCCAAAGAUUACACGAUAUACACGCAAUUUGGAGAUCUGACGCCAGUACGAAUUCUGGAACUCUUCAAAGAAUUUAAAUCCUGGCCGGAAUACAACGAGAGUCACUUCACGAGUUCGAUGAACGAUUCUAUAGGUGCACAUAAUGAAAUGGAAUUUUUAAACGAAUAAUUCUGUAACGUAUUUCUUGUAAAUAUAUGAUUUAAAAAAAAA